AUAGAUGUCAUUUGUUUGUUAUAAAUACGUACUAGUACUUAGUACGUUCUACAGAACUAGAAAACAUAUAAUGGUAAUUGUCAUUGAUCUCAUUUUAACUCCAGAUAAAUAAAUAAAUACUAUUUUUUGUGUUAAUACAAACCUCACUGUUAAAAUGGCGGGGCCUAUUGAAAGAAUUCAAGUUCUAGAUGAAAUUGAAAAGGACAUAAUAACAUGCUUACAAUGUGCAGCUCAGGCUCUAUUGGAACUUGGUAAAGAGAAAUCGAGUCAAAAGCAGGCUGAGAGUAACACAUCGCAAUUUCUAAGAACCCUUAGUCAAGUGGAAUCAAAAUUGAGUGAUCAGAUCAAUUAUCUAACCCAAGUUUCUACAGGACAGCCACAUGAGGGUUCUGGGUAUGCUUCACAGAAAGUGCUACAAAUGGCCUGGCAUCGACUAGAGCAUGUUAGGUCCUGGGUUAAUGAGCUGGAAAGACUUAAGGCUUCUCAUAUGGCAGCCUCAUCUAGAUCAAAUAGCAAUAUGACUUCCUCAGGCACUAGUACACAGUAGUAUAGUUACACUGAUAACAUGAAAUAAAGUUUAAAAUAAUAAUCUUUCCUCAGUUUAAGUAUAUAUUAAUGAGAAAUAAACA